AUGGCACCUUUGAAGAUACUUUUAUCGGCCAUGGACGGUCAGGGCCAUGUUAAUGCUGUCCUUGGACUUGCUGGAAUCUUAAAACAACAUAAUCAUGAGUUGAUAUUUGCUCUUUCACCGGCUUGGGAAUCAUCCAUUAAAAGCAAAGGAUACCAAUUCAUAGCUUUGAAGAAAGAUAAAGUUGAAGAGGAAAAUAAAAGUGAAAAUCCAUUUGAAUCUUUACUCAACUUCUUGAAUCAACAACUGGAGAUAUUGAGGAAAGAACCAAUGGAAGCUUUGCAACAAUUUGAUCAACAAAAACUGGUUUCAACUUAUUUAGGAUUCACAUCUGACUUUAUGGCGCUUGACAAACCAUUUGAAAAAGUAAUUGAACAAAUUAAGCCAGACUUGAUCAUUAUUGAUUAUGUUUACCGAAUUCCAACUUUAAUCAAGACCAAAAUACCAUGGAUUCAACUGUGGUCCUGUAAUCCAAUUGCUGUUUACAAGGAAUCGUGUCCACCUGAAGGAACUGGCUUUUCCGUUUACAGUCCCAAAGAAGAGUGGUCAGAAUAUAGAAAGCUGUAUUCCAUUAAGUAUGCACCUCUUCGUGAAAUGCUUAACGAAUUCAUGAUAAAUUCAGGUGUUGAACCUUAUAAAGAACACGAAUCAAUGGCCUUGUUUGAAUCCCCAUACUUGAAUAUUUACAAUUAUCCUGAGGCUUUGGAUUAUACCGAUGUUGCUCCUCGACCAGAUAAAUGGUAUAGAAUGGAUGCCGUUAUCCGUGAACCCGAUGAUAAAGAACCUUUCAAAGUACCAGAAAAUUUAAUCAAUAAACCAGGAAAGCUUAUCUACUUUUCCCUUGGCUCAAUGGGAUCGGUUGAUUUAGAUUUGAUGAAAAGAGUUAUCGGAUGUUUAGCCAAAUCUCCUCAUCGUUUCAUUAUAUCCAAAGGUCCACAUCAUAAACAAAUUGAUUUACCAGACAAUAUGUGGGGUGAUCGAUACGUUAAUCAGAUUGGUAUCCUUCCACAUGUCGAUUUAGUAAUAACACAUGGUGGGAACAAUACGUUCAUUGAAAGUCUCUACUUCGCCAAGCCAAUGAUAAUAAUGCCAAUAUGGUAUGAUCAACGUGACAAUGCACAAAGAAUGGUCGAUAAGCAGCUGGGUAUCCGAAUAAAUACAUUUAAUUUCACUGAUGACCAACUACUUGAUGGCAUUGAAAAACUUAUCAAUGAUGAGAAGCUACAUGAAAGAUUAACACAAAUAUCUCAUGAUAUGAGGAAUACAAAGACACAUGACGAGAUAAGCAAACUGAUUGAAAAAACCGUUCUGUCAAGCAAAAAUCAAUGA